AGGUCCGCGUACGACGGCAAGGUUGUGUGGAUCACCGGAGCGAGCCAAGGCUUGGGCGAGGAGCUCGCGCUGCACCUCGCGUCGCUCGGCGCGAAGCUCAUCCUCUCCUCUAGACGCCUCGGCGCGCUGCAGGCGGUGUGCGACGCGUGCGUCGACGCCGGCGCGAAGGACGCGCGCGCGCUCGUCCUCGACGCGCGCGCGGAUCCGAGCGAGCUGCGAUCGCGCGCGGACAAGGCGCUGGCCAUGUCGCACCUCGCCAAGCCGAGGGGCGGGAUCGACUACGUGUUUCACGUCGCCGGCGGAUCGCAGCACGCGGCGGCGGAGGACACCGACGCGGAGGUGGACAGGGACAUGUUCGAGCUCAACGUGCUGAGCGCGAUCGCGAUCACGAAGGCGGCGCUGCCGUCGAUGCUCGCGAGGAAGCGCGGGACGAUCUGCGUCGUCGGGUCGAUGGCGGCGAAGGCGCCCGCGCCCGGCCAGGCGACGUACGCGGCGACGAAAGCGGCGUGUGCGGCGUUUCAUCACUCGCUGCGGGGCGAGGUCGCGGACCGAGGCGUGCGCGUGUGCGUCGCGCACCCCGGGCCGAUCGCGACGGGGCUCGGCGGGCAGACGAGGGUCGCGCGGAUGAAGAAGGAGAACGCGAAGCGUCUGGACGCGGGGUACGUCGCGAGGAAGAUCGCCGCGGGCGCCGCGCUCGGCUUGGACGAGGUCGUGCUCGCGAGGCAGCCGAUCAUGUUGUUGCGAAACUUUCUGCAGUUUAUCCCCACGGUGGCGCACCGGGUGUUGUGUAAAGUCGGCCCGAAGCGCGCGAGAGCGGCGCGCGAGGGCACGAGCAUGUACGAGCUCAAGUGA